AUGCACCCCGCAAACCCAUACAACAAGAGACGGCCAGACUUUGCCCUCCUAGCCUCCAAGCACCCAGCCCUGGCACCAUACGUCACGACCACGGACCAUGGCUCCUCGAUUGACUUUAGCGACGCCGCCGCGCUGCGCGCUCUGACCUCUGCGCUGCUCAAGGAGGAUUUCGGGCUCGACGUCAGCCUGCGCGAUGACCGCCUGUGUCCAACGCUUGCGAACCGAUUAGACUACCUCCUCACCGCCCUCGACUUCGUCGCUGGCGCCGAAGGCCCUCUCCGCGUGCUCGAUAUCGGAACGGGCCAUGUGGCCAUCUACCUCCUCCUCCUGCGCCAUCUCCGCCCUGAGGCACAGAGUGUGGGCUCAGAGCUCGAUGACGUGUCACGAGAACAUGCCGCAACAGUGCUCGCUGUGAACGAUAUCCCCGAGACCGCGAUCCGCCUCGUGCCCGAAGCCAAGGGCAACACGCUCCUCGGGUGGCUCGACGACGACCGGCUAGGCGUCGACAGCUGGUCGCUGACGAUCUGUAACCCGCCUUUCUUUGGCUCCGAGGCGGAGGCUGCCGAAGCGCGCGCGCUUAAAGCUGGCGCGCCGCCGGCUGGCAAGACGGCCGCACACAACGAAGAAAUCACGCGCGGCGGCGAGGAGCUGUUCGUCGCGCAGAUGGUGGAUGAGAGUGUGAAGUUCGGCACACGGUGCAGGUGGUACACCUCCCUGAUCGGCCGAUACGCGUCCCUCGAGCCCCUCGUCGCGGCGGUGCGCAAAGUGACGGACAACUACGCCGUGCUGGUGCUGCGGCAGGCCAAGACGGCGCGCUGGGUGCUCGCGUGGUCGUUUGGCGCAGACCGCGUGUCGGACCGCGUAACCCGCCCCGAGACGGUGAUCCCCGGCACGUCGUUUGCGCGUCUCCUCCCCCUGCCGAACGCGUUCGUCUUCCAGCCAGCAGAGGCACAGACCCUGCAGGCCUUGCGCGCGGCGAUCAUGCCCGUGCUCGUGUCGGUUGGGCUGGCUACGGGCGACGAGGAGGCGGUGGAGCUCGCGCCGGUUACGCAGAGCUGGUCGAGGGCAGCGAGGCGCGCGGCGCAGCGCGAAGCGGCGAGCACUGGCGCCGAGGGCGACGCCGGGGCCGAGGCGGGUAGCAACGCCCAGCCAGGGCACGGCCCCGCGCCGCCCGAGCCCUUGUUCCGUGCGCGGCUGACGUUUGAGCACCCGUCCGCUGGGGGCGAGGGUGAGGGCCAGACUGGGGCGGCACUGAGGAUAGACUGGACCGCCACCAUGUCGACUUGGUUUUUGUUUCGCUACACCGCCCUCCUCCACCUUGUCCACCACCUCUCUUCCGAGUUGGAGUCGGAGGGCGAGAUCGGCCUGCAAACAAAUGUCACGAGAAAUUAA